GCAGCGAAAGAGCUGCAGUCAGACGUGGAGUUUAUUUUCUCUUCAUCGCGUGCUUUCGCCGCGUUGAAGCGGGGUGGUGCCGUGGUGACUUGGGGAGAAGGCUUGUCUGGAGGAAACUGCGGCAGUGUGGCCGACCAAUUGCGGGAGGGCGUGCAGCACAUCUACUCGACACAAGGAGCCUUCGUCGCGAUCAAAGAGGAUGGCGACGUAGUUGCAUGGGGCUCCAGCGUUGAUGGUGGUGAUGCGUCACGGGUGGCAAGCGAGCUUCGGCGGCAAGCCAUCAG